CCAAAAAAAAGCUCUUUCCAACUCUUCCAACGGUCAUAUUUCUCCAAAGAAAUUCAUCAAAAUCAUCGAUGGCCGUUUCAUUUCCUCUUCCUUUAAACCCAAACCCCACUUCCUAUUCAAUAAAAAACCCUCUUCUUCUUCUUCCUCUUUCAUCAAUUCCUUCACUUUUCUCUUUGAUUCCCACUUUUCGCCUCUCUCCAUCCAUGGGCUGCUUUUCAGCUUGUUUUGGUGAUUCCAAGCGCCGAAAACCCAGAAAGUCUGCCCUUGAAAUUCCCCCUUCAAAUCAUAUUCUUAAAGCUUCUGAAGGUGUUUGUGCGUUGAAGCAAGCGAAGGAAGUGGCUGAUGUGUCGUUGAUUGACCUAAAUAAAGAUUCUCUAGAGAAACUUGAAGAACAGAUUGAGUUGUGUUACACAACUGAAAAAACAUACCCAAUUAUUGAGGAUGAUAAAGUGGUUCCUUCUAAGGAAAUUGAAAAUAAUUUGGAUGAGAUUAAGAAAGAGGAGAAGAGUGGAAGAGAAGAUGAUGAAGCAAGAGGAAGCUCAAAUUCAUCAAAUGCAUUUUCCUUACCUCUGAAUCAUAGAUAUGCAGUUUGCCAAAACAGUGAUGAUUAUGAUGAAGAAUAUGAGGAAGAAAUGGACCAUUUAGAUGAAAAAGAAGAAGAAAGAAAAGAUGAAGCUGCUGAUGAUGAUGGGGAUGAAAAAGAUAAGUUAUUGACUAAGCAGGAAUCUUCAGAGUCUCUAUUUUCUUUGUCAUUAGGUUCAAGGAUACAAGUUUUUACAUUUGAGUCUGGGGAGAAUGAGGUUAAUAGUCCAGAUCUAAGCCAUUGUUCUCUUGAUAUUCAACCUGACAAGGCUUUGUCGGACAAAAAACCAGUAUGUCGGAACGAGAACAUCAAUUCUGUUCUUAACCCAAUUGAGAAUGUUACUCAUUCUUUGAAUGAUGCAAAAGUGAUAACACUACCACCAGUUCAUCAUCUAGAAAAGGAGAAUAUCAAUUUAGAUAAAGAUUGUGAUGUAUCAAUCAGUCCGGAGCCUACCUUUCGUUCAAUGAGAAAGUUGAAAGAAAAUUGUAGCGAUGUAAAGCACGUCGAGGACGAGAUUGCGGUUGAUACAAGCCUUUCAAACUGGUUAGUUGAAUCUGAAACCACACCAAAAUCCAAGAGUAAUUCUAGCUCCAUUGGAAACUCACCUAUGUGGACGAGGAAUUCAGCCAAAAGCUAUGAAGAUAGGCCAAUUUUAGGAGCAUUGACACUAGAAGAGCUUAGACAGUUCUCUGCAUUUUCAACUCCGAGGCGAUCUAGGAGUCGGAGUCCGGAGGAGACACCCAUCAUAGGCAGUGUUGGGAGUUAUUGGAGUCAUACAGGACAGGAUGCAGAUUCCAAUCCAGGCUCAUCUUGCCGAGGUUCGAAAACGACGAGGAAAAACCGAGAGGAUGAGAAAGUCAACUGGAAUUCUACUCCAUUUUUAGAAAGAUUGGACAUGGCUUUGGCAUCAAAUUCUGCUGAAGUUUAGUAUGUCUCUUAUUAGAACAUUGUGUGUAUGGUUUUGCUUUAUAAUUUGUCUGGUCAUAUUCAUUUUUGUCUUGGAGAACUGAGACAUUUUUUUAGAUGUAAAAAGCAAUUAGAAAAAUAAGUAAAUAGUAAUUAUUUUCUUUUUUAUCA